AUGGGAUCCCGCAUCGCUGCCGCGGAGUGCGCGUCGUACGAAAGCAAGUUUCCCGUGAUUUUGCCUAAGGAUCACUACGUCACUCAACUAAUGAUCAACUGGUAUCACAGGAAGUACGGACACGCCAAUAAUGAAACGGUGGUGAACGAGAUUCGGCAGAAGUUUCACAUUUCCGAACUGCGAACAGCCGUCAAGAAAGUGGCAAGUGGCUGCUACUGGUGCAGAGUAUACAAAUCCAAACCACAAGUACCACCAAUGGCUCCUCUGCCUUCUGCUCGUCUCACGCCGUAUGUCAGGGCCUUCACCUUUACGGGACUGGACUAUUUCGGGCCGAUCACUGUUCGCUUUGGACGUGGUGGAGUCAAACGGUGGGUAGCGCUCUUUACCUGCUUAGGAACUCGAGCAGUCCACUUGGAAGUCGCCUACAGUCUGUCUUCUGAAUCCUGCAAGAUGGCAAUACGUAGAUUCAUCGCCCGCCGAGGUGCACCACAGGAAAUUUACUCUGAUCAAGGAACCAACUUCCAAGGGGCUAGCGCAGAGUUAAGGCAGCAGAACGGUGCCAUAAAACGGGAUCUAGCAGGGACGUUCACAAACGCAGAAACCCAAUGGAAGCUAAACCCUCCGUACGCUUCACAUAUGGGGAGAAUAUGGGAAAGGCUGGUACGCUCGGUCAAGACAGGUCUAGCGCACAUGGAGUUGCCGAGGAAUCCGGAUGAGGAGACUUUGAUAACGGCUCUUGCGGAGGUGGAAUCUAUAGUGAACUCGCGUCCCUUAACCUAUCUACCGAUCGACAGCGAGGAAUGCGCAGCUUUAACACCGAACCACUUUCUAUUGUUGAGUUCGAGUGGCGUGGUCCAGCCAGCGGUGUGGCCAAUUGAGGAGUGUGCGGUACUGCGAUCAAACUGGAAGCAUGUUCAGGUUAUGCUAGAUAGGUUUUGGAUGCGAUGGAUUCGAGAAUAUCUGCCUGUUAUCUCCCGACAGCCAAAAUGGUUUGGAGAGGCGACACCUAUCAACGUCGGAGAUCUGGUCAUCAUUGUAAACGAGGGCGUUAGGAACAGUUGGAUAAGAGGCAGAAUCACUCGAGUGUAUCCUGGACGUGAUGGAAGAGUUCGCAGCGCGGAUGUACAGACCUCUGCAGGUAUUAUACAUCGACCGGCGACUAAGCUCGCUGUCCUAGAUGUUACCAGAAAAGGAGGUACAGCUUAA